AUGUUUGGCACCUGCAAGUACUUCGAGGACAGAUGUCAGACAGAAGAUCAGCUUUCCGUGGCAAUUGAUAACUCUAAAAAGCAGAAUUCUUCACUUUUUAAAGAAUAUUAUGGUAAGAAAUCGAGUUUUGGUUCACCUGGAGAAGUGAAUAUUCUACCCCAAGUCAUAAAAGAACAUGAUACUACCAAUCUUCUGCACAAGAAAACAAAACACCCCACAAACGGAGCCAAAUUAAAGGAAACAGUAAGGGAGAACUUGCAGUCAGAGAUUAUCUGGACGGAACAGAUGUCAAAUACGGGGAAAAACAAUGAUAUUUCAAUUUCGGAUUCAGUGCCAUACAAACAGUUGAAUUCGGGUGGAGAGCCGAUAGUGGCGACCGAAAUAUCCACGUGUCUGAGACCAAUGAACAAACUGGAAUUACGCAAUAAACUUACUCUCUUAGUCUUGCGUUGGGCGGCGGCUUCGGGCAUAUAUGUGGAAAAAUUGAAACGGUAUACCUUUAGUGAUAGUCAAAGAAGGCUGGAGAGUACAAAGGAAGAAGAAAGAUUGCGUGCGAUUAUUGGUCUUCUAAUGCACCUACAGUAUAUUGAAAAUUAUGUUGAAGAUGAAAUAACGGUCCGUUUACGGCGUAUCGUCGAGGACGACCUAUGGAAACCAAGAAUGGCUGCAGCAUUAGUCUUGAUUGUUCUACACAAGGCCAAUUAUGAUAGUAAUAAGUUGUUGCUGAACGUGCUUCUGAAGCACCAGUCCUCAAACAAGCUGGCAAUGAACGCUAAUAGGACCUUACGAGUGGAACAAAUUGAUUGUUGGAUUGCUGCAACCGCUCUUGGUGUCAGUGGCUAUUAUCAUCAAGCGGUGUACAAUUAUCUGUUCAAACUGUUGUUUUCGAGAUCAAAGCAAGUGAUUAGUCACAAGAAGCGAACUACUAAUUUUAAUAAUAUUGAUGAGAAAUGCGCAGGUGCGAUGCAAUCUGAUCAGAAAAAGCAGCCCAAUGCGUAUUUGACACAUGUCGCACGUUUUGAACAGUUGCAGCAGGUCAGUCACAACGCAUUCCUCACGAAAUUGGCUGGCUUCGUUGAAACACACAUCAUUGUCCAGUUUGUGAAAGAACAUACUCAGGCUCAAGCGGAAACCGUGACUCGGCUUUCUCAUCGCGAUUGGAGAGCUCGAAUAUUGGCCUGUUGGUUAUUGAGAUUGUCCGGAACCGAUCUUCAAUCUAACCAGAGUGCGCGUAAACAUCUACAGACCAUUGCCCUGCUUGAUUCACAGCCAUUGUUGCGUAUGGCAAGCUAUGACGCUCUGGCAGGUUGCACAAAAUCAAGCAAAGAGUCCGACUAUCUUCUCGGAAGUCAGCCGUCGAGAAUUGUGUGCACAAACUGCCAUCCGACUCUGGGGACAGAUGUCGAUUUGUCUAUCACACAGACAAAGUACACCUCUCUACGGACGGUCGAGGCAUUGUACAAGUUAACUGCAGAAGCUCGGAAGCCGGAGAACAAAAUCACGAUUCUGGCGGCAGCGCUAUGCAAUCCGUCGUCCCUCAUACGAAAGACAGCUUGCCACUUGGCUGAGCUAUCAUCGGAUGUGGCCAACCAAUUCUUUAUCAGAAGACUACUGGGUGUGAUCAAACAGGAUCAAAAUAUAGAAGUGAAAACUUCGGCUAUUCUGGCUCUGAAAACGAUCACACCGAAGUUCAUAGAAAAUCACUACUGCUCCUCCUCCAUCCUGGAACAUAUUCACCAAUCGUUGCGUAACGCAAUUCGUGAUGAGCUUAAUUCGGAUGUGCGAUUUGAGCUUUUGGAGCUAUUUUUAUAUCUCAUUGCACAAGGUAUCAUUAUCGAAGAAACGAAUGAGGACAAGAUCGGUCGAAAUAUUGACGAGCUGUUAGAUAAAUCUGAAGCGGUCGUUGAUGAACGCCUCGGGGUGAGUAAUUUUAGGGUUGCGUCUACCAAACCAGAUCAGUGGGUUCCCGAAAUCGAACUGCUUGGUAUGGAGACUGAAAACUACGCCAGUGCGGAACAGCAGUGUGUGCUCAAUCCUUCACCCACAGCACAAAGUGACGAUACAGAUGGGAUUUCCGAUGCAUACCUAUCAACUUUGAAUACCGAGUACAGGUUGGACGUGGACGAUAAGAAGCCAGUGCACUUUGAGCUCACUCGGACCUAUGAGCUGCUGAAAAUGUUCGAGCAUUCCGAUCCAUGCCCGAAAAUACGAAGAAUGCUUUCUACACGAUUGGAUGCUAUAUUUACGAAAUUGUUGGAUGAAGUCAACAGAAAAAACGGCUCAAGUCAAAAACUCACUUUUGGAGGGGAUCGUGAUCGAAUAAAACAUCUGGUAAACGAAUUGGGAAGCAACUGUCUCAAAAUGUAUUCGGAUUUAAUGCUUCCAAAAGAAUCAUUCUAUCAAAAGUAUUCCGAGUUCAUUAAAAUAUAA